AUGAAAGGUUUGCAGUUCUUUGGAAAAUCUAGGAACAGCAGUUUAAAUAAUGAUAGGAAUCAGGAAUCUACGCAAUUGAAUACCUUUGCUGAUAUAAUAGGAGAUCCAGACGAUAAAAUCGGGGACCGUAUGGACUCUAAGGAGAUUAGUCUGUUAUCCUUACCUUCUAAGAUUUUGUUUCGCAUCUUGGAAUCUUUGGAUUAUUCAACUUUAUUAUCGUUAUGUGUGGUUAAUUCAAAAUUUUAUAACCUCGUGAGUAAUCAUUUCCUUUAUAAAGAUGUCGUCUUAGAUUCAAAAUUAUCUCUAUUGAAAUUUAACGCCGUUAUCCAUUCAGAGUUCCAUACUGUUAGUGCUUUGAAAUCUUCUUGUAUUUCAAAGACAAGUUCCCAGAACAUUAGAUUUUUAGUCAAAAGCAUCGAAUUUGUUAACCCUCAAAGCCAAGAUUCUUUAUUGAAAUAUAGUGCCUUCUACAAAAAGGACAACAAAGAUCUCAUAGGUGGAACGUUUUGUUUUGAUCCAAGUGGUUCCGAAAGUUCAAGUUAUAAAAGAUCAAGUUCAAAUACAAGGAAAAAUGAAUCUUCUUCAAGUUUAAUGUCACCACUGGCUAAACUGAUUUCUAAUGGUAAUAACGAAACUUCAAAUUCAAGAACUCCAAGAAAUACAUUUCGAAAAUUGGACAAAUGGGAAAGCAAGUACGUCCAAUACACUUAUAUCGAGUUGAUGCUUGAUAUUAUCGAUUACUUACCUAAUUUAAGGCAUAUAAUAAUUAGCAAUAUUGAACCAAAUUUUAAAAUACCCUUAUGGUACUCUGUGUUUAAUGACGGUUCUAGAGACUUCUUUAAAAAAAUAAUGAACGGUCAACAGUCGAUGAAUAUCCAUGACUUGAGGACCUUUGAAGUGUCAACUGAAUUUGUAUCUCAAUAUGAAAAGAAAUUCUAUUCCUUGAGAAGAGUAAAAACAGUAGAACUAAGAGCAUCCAAUGAUUCUAAUAAUAGCAGUACUAGCACUAGUAAUCACAACAAUAAUAGUAAUAAUAAUAGUAAUAACAGAGUCCAAUUCAAACCAAAUCUUAUAUGUUGCUUUGGUAUAAUUGAUGAAUUAAAGUUGACGAAUUUUACUAUUGAUAAGGAAUCACUAGAUACUCCUUUAGAAUUUGUGCCGCUACAUUUCAAAAUUAAUGAUGAUGGUAUCUAUGAUCUUCAUUCAACUAUAAGAUCAUUGACUUUGGAUGGAUGUCAUAUAGUGCCAGGAAAUGGUAUUUUGAGACUUUUCCAUGAUUAUUUCAAAGAUACUAAAGAUUUAAGCUUGUUAAAUAUGACAAGUAGGUACGACCUGCUCCUGAGCAAUUGUUUUAGUUCGCUAAAAAAUUUAACAAUAGAUUGCAGCAGUGAAGUGUUUACAAAGGUGCCUACAGUUAAUGACAAUUAUUAUUAUACCCAAGACCAAUCUGAUAAUAAUCAACAGAACUUAGAAGGGAAUGAUACAGAAACAUUGUUAGACUUACCGGUUGACAACAGUCUUCAAGCUGCACCUCCAACAUCAGCAGUUGUCCUAGCAUUGGAUCUUGGAUAUAUACCAAGAAAACAGAUUGGAUCAGCUACAAAUUCAACAUUAAAAUUUAAACCAGCAUUAUUAACAAAAAGCCAAGCAGAAUUUUUCAAACGUUUGAAAGUUCCUGAGUUUCACAGCUUUUACCACUAUAAUAAAAAUUUGUGGGACAGAAUUCCAUGUAAAAAUGUCAAUAUUAAUUUAAUAAACAUCCCGUUCACUAACGUAUUUCCACUUGCGCCAGACGUUUUUUGGGAACAUAUGAUUUUAAACGCUAAUGACGAUCAAGAUACUUUAAUUGCAUUAGGUGCUGAUCAUCGUCAUGAAUCUAAUGAUAAUGAAAUCUCAUACAUCUGGAACAAUCAAGUCAAGAAUUGUAUAUCAAAGAGCUUGGAAAAUAUAUUAAAACAAAAUCAAUAUUCUGGAAUAACUUCAGAAGAAGUUCUAGAUAAUAUAGACUCUGAUAUGAUUAAUAAUUUUAAUAAUUUAAAAUUUUACAAAGAUAUACCCAAUUUAAACCUUUGGUGUUUCCUAAAAUACUUAUCAAAGUUCAAAUCUGUCCGUAUUAGCAUGUUGAGGAAAUGGUUAUUCUGUACACCUCGUAGUAGAUACGAUUGGGAAUUGCUCUUCAAGCCUGUACUAAAUGUCAGAGUUCCAAUAGAAGUUAAAGAUAGGGACGGUUUUGUAUUAUAUUCAUAUGGUGAGAAAAUAACUGGGCCUAAAGUCUAG